UAAUAAACUAUAGUAUACAACAUAGUCUUAUUUAAUUAACUUUAAGAAAAUAUGUCUCAAUUAAGCUCAAGUUAUCUAUUAUUUUUGUGCUUAUAUGUGUUGGUAGCACGUGGCACGUGCUGUACAUUUGAUUCUGAGUGUACUAUCAACGGUGUAGCACAACGUUGCGUUAAUAAGGUGUGUGUUGCCAGCAAUGGAUCGGUACAACAGGUAGUGGUCGUACACCAUCUUAAUAACAGUCAACCACUACUACAUCAGCCGCAGCCGCAGGUAGUGGUCGUACAUCAUCUUAAUACCGGACUUAAUAAAUGUGAUACACAUCUGGACUGUCUGGCCAAACGUGGCAUCUAUUCAAAGUGUAGACACCAUAAGUGUGUCAAAAGUCAUCGGAAAAUAUGUGUUACCGAUAAUGAUUGCAAACAAAAUCGUUUGCACAAAAAGUGUAAGAAAAAUCAAUGCAAAUUUGGAUGCCUAUUGUUGGCACCGGUAGUUGUUUAUGGUAUACCAUGUACGGUGGACGCCGAAUGCACUAUUAACGGUAUUGUAUACCGGUGUCAAAAUGGCCAGUGUGCACUAACCAAUUGGUCAUCAUCUAGUGGCCCUAUAAGGGAGUGUUACGAUGACAUCAAUUGUUAUACACGAGGUAUUUACUACAAGUGCCGGGACAACCGGUGCGUACCGGCCGAUCAUAAGCUAUGUUUAUCGGACAACGAUUGCAAGAAAAAUUGGCUAAACCGCCGAUGUCUGGCCAAUCAUUGCUCUAAAUAGACUUUAGUUUCUUUAAAAAAAAUAUAAUAUA